AUGCCCGCCCCGAGAACCAUCCUACAACAAAGCGCAGACGGCUUCGUUGCGAAUCUGAAUAACUUUACUAGUGGAGAGGCUUGGUCGAAUGGACGAACUCCAGAUGCUGCUCACAAUGUCCACCCGCUUUCACUUGCAAUACCCCCGAAAAUGAACAACGAUGAGAUGGCCAAAUUCCUCGGAGGAACACUCGCCAAGGUUCAAAACCUUACAUUUCAGCUAGAGGAAAACGCGAACGUUCUUAUUGACGAACAAAACAAUAUAAUUUCUCUCCAUUUAUUGGGUAAAGGGGAUACCCCUGCUGGGCCGUUCAUGAUGGAAUACAUUUUCACGCUGAAGACAACUGAUGACGGAAAGCUGAUUCAUGA